AUGACGCGACCUUCGCUCUCCACCUCCCCCUUCUUGACCUCCUCCGCCGAUGUUGCCCGAGAACUCGGCAUCCCUCGCCUCGUCUUCCAUGUCUCCGGCCUCUUCUCUCUCACAGUCCACGACACCAUCCACCUCCAAUCUCCCCACCUCAGCGUCUCAUCCGAUUCCGAACCCUUCCUCGUCUCCGGCCUCCCACACCGCGUGGAGCUCAUCAAGUCCGAGCUCCCGGAGACCUUCCUCCUUCCGCAGUCACUUGACACGAAGAGAGAUGCCGAGAAGAACAGCUUCGGCAUCAUCGUCAACACCUUCUUCGAUCUCGAGCCAGAAUAUGCUGAGAUUUACAUGAAAGAACCGGGCCGAAGAACGUGGCUGAUCGGCCCGGUGUCCCUCGUCCACAAGGACAAGAACGACCUGAGCAACCGAGGUCAGGAUCCCGACGCGGAUCCCGCCCUGUUGCUAAGCUGGCUGGACACAAAGCCAGCCAGCUCCGUGUUAUACGUCUGCUUCGGAAGCCUCUGCGAGUUUGGCGAUGAUCAAUUAAAUGAGAUCGGCGCCGGGCUCGAGGCUUCCGGCCACCCAUUCAUAUGGGUGGUGAGGAGGAAUCCGGGGGAGAGCUUGUCACCACGAAUUGAAGAGAUCAAGAAGAGGGUGGGGGUAAGGGGAAUAAUAGUCCAUGGAUGGGCUCCGCAGGUGGUAGUACUGGGCCACCCAGCGGUUGGAGGAUUCAUGACUCAUUGCGGGUGGAACUCGACGCUGGAGGCGGUGUGUGCAGGGGUGGCGAUGGUUGCAUGGCCGCUGUUCUACGAGCAGUUCAUAAAUCAGAGGCUAAUCACGGAUGUGCUCAAGAUCGGGGUGAGGGUGCCGGGGGUGGGAGGGAACAUGUUGCUAAUGGGAUGGAAGAAUGACGUAGUGAAGGCGCAGGAGGUCGCGGGGGCGCUGGAGAGGGUGAUGGGGAAAGGGGAGGAGGCGGAGGGGAUGCGGAGAAGGGCGAGAGAGUUUGGAAAGAAGGCGAGGUUGGCGAUGGAGGAAGGGGGGGUCAUCGCACGGGGACUUGGACCGGUUGAUAGAUGAGCUGAUGGCAUGCCGGGAGGACAAGGGGAAGAAGGCAGAGGUGGUCUCUAGUGAUGUUUGAUUGGCGAAUCUUUUACAAGUAUGAUGUUCCUAAUUGCUAUUCCUCGGAGUCCCGAGUUCUUGGUGAUUUAUAGAUCAAGUAACUAGAGUAUGAAAUGAAAGGAAAGAGAAAUUGGCCUAGAAAGACACCUUUAAUGGCAUGGUAUCGUAGGGGUUGGAGAAGUAACUAGAGUAUGAACCUUUAACUGUUAACUGGCUAGUUAACAGUUACCACCAUUAGGAAUAUGAAGGAAUGAUAACACACCCAGGAUCUGAUACACUUGCUGCGGGCCACGGUGCGGAGCCCUAGGCUUGCGGAGGAGGGGAUUCUUAGGGCAUACCUGGCUUACCACAUCUGGUUGGACCGGAAUGCUCGACUGUUCGAGGGCAGGAGGCUCUCGGCGAGGAUGGUGGUAGAGAGAGAUGUGCUUCAGGCCGAGAAGGUCUUUUCUUAUACUGUCGUGUCUUCACUUGGGAUGACUAGGGACAUCUGGGGUACCCACAGUGCUGUUUUAGCGCCCAGGUUUGCCGUUGUUUCUUGGAUACCCCCACCCCUUGGUUAUCUUAAAGUAAAUUUUGAUGGCAGUGUGGUAACGGGCAGGAGGUCGGAAGGGGUCGGAUUUGUUAUCCGAGACUAUUUUGGGAGUUUGGUGGCAGCGGGAGGCCGGGGCUCGACUGGUCUCACGGUUGCUGGGGCAGUGCUGUGGGCAGCUUGGGCGGGCAUAUCCUAUGCGAGGCGGGUGCUCGGGGCCGGCCGGGUGUACCUUGAGGGGGAUUCCUCCAUAGUCAUAGAUUGGAUCCGGAGUGCUGAUAGGUAUGGAGAUGGGCAUCCGCUCAUUCGGGAGACUCGCAGAUUGGCGAUGGAGAUAGACGAGUUUUAGGCCGUACACAUUUUCCGGGAGGCGAACAGGGCUGCAGACUGGGUCACCUCCUAUGUUGCACGACACUCCGGGGAGUUCCACUGGACAUCCACAGUGGAGCUACCGCCACAUUUGCAUCUUUUGCUUUCUUCUAAUUUGGCAGGAUGUACUCACGUUAGAGCUA